AUGUCCCUACGCUUCGACAACAGAGUGGUCGUCAUUACAGGCGCAGGAGGCGGCCUAGGCAGGGUUUACGCCCUUGAGUACGCCAAACGAGGCGCAAAAGUGGUCGUCAACGAUUUAGGAGGUUCGCUCCAGGGCUCUGGAGCAAACUCCAGAGCAGCUGAUACCGUGGUACAAGAGAUCCAGGCCCUUGGGGCGCAUGCAGUCGCAAACUACGACUCGGUAACGGAAAAUGCGGAACGGAUCGUCCAAACUGCGCUCGAUUCGUUCGGUCGCAUCGAUAUAGUCAUCAACAACGCAGGCAUUCUUAGAGACGCUUCUUUCGCCAAGAUGUCGGAUCAGGAGUGGGACUCUGUCAUUCAGGUGCACUUGCGUGGCGCAUACAAGCUUACCAGGGCCGCGUGGCCGCACAUGCGUUCGCAGAAGUUCGGGAGAAUCGUCAAUACUUGUUCCCCCGCUGGACUUUACGGUAACUUUGGCCAAGCGAACUAUUCGGCAGCCAAGCUUGGGUUGUUGGGGUUCGCCGAAACUUUGGCCAAAGAGGGGCACAAGCACAAUAUCAACGUCAAUUGCAUUGCACCGUUGGCCAGGUCGCGGAUGACCGAGGGUUUGGUGCCCGAACACGUCUUGCGGGACUUGGGCCCGGAAAAAGUCGCACCCAUGGUGCUCUACUUGACGCACGAACACUCAACAGUGACCAACAGCGUGUUCGAGUUGGCUGCUGGUUUCUACUCGCAAAUCAGAUGGGAACGGUCCCCGGGCCAGUUGUUUUAUCCGGACGUGCAAACAUUGACCCCAGAGGUCAUAUUGUCCAAGUUUGACGAGAUCCUCAAGUUCGAGGGUCCCUCGGUGCAGCACCCGGUGCAAUUGAACGACUAUAAUGAAUUGAUUACAAGGGCCCGCAGGUUGCCAAGGAGUCUGGGGGGUAGUGCCUCUGGCCCCCCAAUUCAAUCUCUCAGAGGGAAAGUGGCCAUUAUUACGGGCGCUGGAGGCGGGCUUGGCAGGUCGCACGCAGAAUGGUUCGCCAAGUACGGGUGCAAAGUGGUCGUGAACGACAUUAAAGACGCCUCGGCGUUCGUUCAAGAGCUCAAUGACAAGUAUUCCUCCUCCUCCGGUGGUGGUAGAGGAAUCGUCGCCGUCGCAGACACUCACGACAUCGUGCACGAGGCCCGCGCCGUGGUGCAAACCGCAAUUGAAACGUUCGGCCGCGUGGAUAUCUUGAUCAACAACGCAGGUAUCCUCAGAGACAGGUCGUUUGCCAAGAUGUCCGAUCAAGAGUGGGACUCCGUGAUCCAGGUGCACUUGUACGCUACGUUUGCGCUCUCGAAAGCCGUGUGGCCGUUCUUCGUCAAGCAGAAGUCCGGAUUCAUCGUUAACACUACGUCGACCUCGGGUAUAUACGGUAACUUUGGCCAGGCCAACUACGCGGCUGCCAAGGCAGCCAUCCUUGGGUUCUCAAAGACAUUGGCCAUCGAGGGUGCCAAGUCCGGGAUCGUUGUAAACGCCAUUGCUCCACAUGCGGAAACAGCAAUGACCAAGACCAUCUUCUCCAGCAAAGAGUUGGGCAAUCACUUCGACCCUGGGCUUGUGUCGCCGUUUGUGGUCCUGUUGUGCAGCGACGAGUUGCAGCAGAAACAGGGCAAGACCGCCCCCGCCGCAGCCGCCGCGAGAGGACUUCUAUUAGAAGUCGGUGGUGGGUGGUGCGGCAGCACCAGGUGGCAGAGAAGCAGAGGCAUUGUCAGUGUCGACGCCAAUCCAACUCCGGAGUACUUGCGCGACCACUGGUCGGAACUUACCGAUUUCACACAGGGCGGCGCCGUGUACCCAAGCUCGACACAGGAAUCGAGCAUGCUAAUAUUACAAGCAGUCCACAUGGCCAAGUCCAGGGCUAAGUCCAGGGCUAAGGCCGGGGCCAAGGCGAAGUCCCAGGCCAAAUCUAAUUCCCCGGGCUUCAAGUUCACCUCUCGAGACGUGAUCCUCUACAAUAUGGGGUUGGGCUCGACCACGCGCGAGUUGCAGUACACGUACGAAAACCAUCCGCAAUUUCAAGUGCUCCCGACGUUUGCUACAAUCCCAUUCCUCGCAGACGAGUCGGUGGAUAUCGGCAUGGACCGCUUGGUAGACAAUUUCAACUACUCGAUGCUCUUGCAUGGAGAACAGUACUUCAAGAUCAAGAAAUUCCCGAUACCCACCUCUGGCGAAUUGAAGACCAGCGCGAAACCGCUACAAGUGCUAGGCAAACGUGGGAAAUCCAAGGCUAGUGCUGCUGUUGUCGUGGCUGCAUACGACACGGUAGACGCAAACACAAACGAACCGGUGUUCUACAACGAGGCAACGUUCUUCAUCCGCAACGCUGUCGUUCCAGAAAACAAGACCAUCAACAAGCUGAAACAAAGGUCGCCAUUUGCCCUCAAGAAGUUCGAGACCAGUGGGCUCGGUGCGACGCCCGAUUUCGAGGCCGAGAUAUCUACUUUUGAAGACCAGGCUGCCCUUUAUCGGUUGUCCGGAGACUACAACCCAUUGCACAUCGACCCGCAAUUGGCCCGGGCCGUCAAGUUCCCCAAACCAAUAUUGCACGGUCUAUGCACGCUUGGAGUAAGUUGUAAACGACUCGUGGAGAAGUACGGGCCCUUCGAUGAGCUAAAGACCAGGUUCACAAACGUCGUUUUCCCUGGCGACAGAUUAAAAGUGCGUGCUUGGGAGCGCGAAAACGGCACUGUCAUUUUCCAAACUGUCGACUUGAACACGGGCCAAGUCGUCUUGGACAACGCCGCCAUCAAGUUGGUGGGCAAGCCCAAGUUGUGA